AAACUUUACUCGGAACGCUUCUUCGGUCUUAUGUUGUCGAUUUAAUAUGAGCAACAAUGAGUAAAAGUUUUUAGGAAAUUAAAUAUGUUUUACACAAUUUUUACAAUGCACAGUAAUAUAAUUUGUUUUCUGAUACUUUGUUGCUUUUGUUUUACUUGUUGUCAUCUGCAAGAACGAGUUGAAGAAUUCAACAUUGAUGUUCAAAAAUUUCAAAGGAAACUGGUUCCAUUUCAAGAUGUUGCCGAAAUUCAGUCAAGUACAAAAGGCAUCAUCAAGCAGGCAAAUUUCUCCUUUGCGUCCUACUACAAUGACCAGAUGGUUCUGCAAGGAUCCCCACGCAAGGCGAUGGUGUGGGGCUAUGCAGCGAAUGGCACACAGGGGAUGCCUGUCUUACUAACUGUGGCAGCUUUGAAUUCCACUCACACUUACAAGACAGUUGUUACACAACAGCUCAUAUGGAGUGUUGCAAUUGGUCCCUACGAGGCUGGAGGGCCAUACAAUGUGUCUGCCAAGCUGAAGUCUUCUGUGAUUACACUAACAGACAUCCUGUUUGGAGAUGUGUGGAUCUGCUCGGGUCAGUCCAACAUGCAGUACCCCAUGAGUAAAGUGUUCAACAGCACAGCAGAGCUGGCAGACACUGUCAACUACCCGGAUAUUCGGGUGUUUGUUGUGAAUGACAAGACAUCAAACAUGCCCCUCUCUGACCUUUCUGCCAAUGGUGGAAUACUUCUUCCAUGGACCAAGCCAUCUCCAGGUAAGGCCACCCACAUCUCUGACCUGUCUGCCAAUGGUGGAAUACUUCCUCCAUGGUCCAAGCCAUCUGCAGCCACCAUUGGAGGAAAGCAGUUCACCCAAUUUUCCGCAGUCUGUUGGCUCUAUGGGAAAUACCUGUAUCAGCAGCUGAAAAAACCUCUAGGUUUGGUAGAAACAAGCUGGGGUGGAACUCCUGUAGAAGCCUGGUCCUCUCCUGACGUCCUCAACAAAUGUGGCCUGAAACAGACCAAUCAGACCAAUCAACUGACACACCAUUAUGAGAGCAAUGACACCAUUGCACCUCUGGAAGGGCCUCAAGAGUUCUCUAUACUGUGGAAUGCAAUGAUCCACCCACUCCUGAACAUGUCAAUAUAUGGCGCCAUCUGGUAUCAGGGUGAAAACAAUGCCCUGGCUGGGCAUCACAUGGACAAGUAUAACUGUACGUUCCCUGGUAUGAUUGAUGACUGGAGGAAGAAGUUUCAUGCCUCCAGUGACACAGACUCUACAUUCCCUUUUGGUUUUGUGCAGCUAGCAGGCUAUCGGCCAGACUACUCGAUCAGUUCAGGUUUCCCGGACAUUCGGUGGCACCAAACGGCUGACUAUGGCUACGUUCCGAACCACCGUCUACGCAAAGUGUUUAUGGCUGUUGCCAUGGAUCUGCCAGACUUCCAAUCCCCUUUAGGAGCAAUUCAUCCCCGAGACAAGCAGGAUGUGGCUCGCCGUCUGGUGCUGGGUGGGCUGGCGGUGGGUUACGGACGGAAUGUGUCAUUUCAAGGCCCAUACCCAGUACAGGUGCACGUAUCACGGGAGCUACCCUACAACUAUACACAAGUCGAGAUACAGUAUUCAAUGGCUCUUACCCAGCUGUGGCUGGAUGGAUUUGAAAUCUGCUGUUCAUUUGCACGUCCAGCUGUGUGUGAGACGGGGAAGUCCUGGUGGCUGCCCACCACGACCAUGCAGGCAUACGACAGAGCUAAUGUGACAGAAAGCUACGCAUCCCAGUGUGACUUGGAGAGUCUUGUUGGUGUUCGCUAUGCCUGGAAGGAGUCCCCGUGCCCCUUCAAGAAUUGUGCCAUCUACGGGACCAAAAACAACCUCCCCAUGCCUCCCUUCAUCUACCACGGAGAGAGAUUUACGCGCCAUUUCAAGGCUGAUGGCAGUUUUCAUGUGGUUAUCAAAUGAUAAUCUAUGAUAUUCAAGAGAGUGAAGUUGUCAAUGUUGUCAUACUGAAUACAGUUUUGUUUUGCAUCAAAGAUGCUAUGUAUAUGUUGCUUAUUUAGACAUUUAUUUAACAUAAUGGAGGCUGAACUAUUGUAGAUUUAUAAUCUUUUUAUUAUAAUGAAAUGGGUUUUUCUUAGUAUAAAAUCUAUAUUAAGUUUGAGAUUCUACCAUAGAUGUUAUGCUAAGUUGUUAAUGUACUUUCAAGAUCAAAGCUACUACUGAUUAUAAUGUGAAAAUUCAUUGAGUAAAAUUGUGCAAUGCAUAUUGUAAUAAGUCUGUGAUAUUUUGAAGAAAAAAUCACUGAGAUUAUGCUAAACUUUUUAUAGUUUAAGGUCAAAGAUUGUUUAAAGUCUUGAUGUCGUCAACCGCAUUGUCAUGGUGCAUUUUUUCACCUUGGCCAUAACUCAUGAGCUGUUAAAGAUACUGGAAUGAAACUUGGUACAUAUCUUGCCAGACUCAGUACACUCAUGUACAGCAUGGCCUAUAACUCUGGCUUUUAUAAUUAUUGAGUUUUGCAUCUUGUCUGACUGGGGGAAAACAGAUGAGCAUUGGCUUUCGCUCUGCUGCAUUCUUGUUCUGUAUACAUUUUAUAGGCAAUACAUUGCUAUUUUGAUAUCUUGUACAUUCCAUACUGUGUAUUCACAUCACAUGCAUUUUAUAUGAAUCUCAUGUUUGAGUUUCAGUAAAUGAUGUUUACUGCUUAUAAUAAUAAUAUGAUUUGCAGAUCUGCUUUGUUUACAUUCUGUUUGAAUUUUAAUGGUGGAUGUGGCCUUUAUCAUAUCAAUUCAAUUUUAUCAUGUGUUAAAUUGUUGUGCCUUAGCUUAAAUUGUAUAAUCAUUUAAAAAAUGGCAAACAGUGGGAAGAAAAGUAUUCCUUAGGCCUUGAACCUAUUAUGCCUGUAAACUGUGUGAUAUAUUCUUUUGGGCUUCUAGGGCUGUAUACAAUAUCGUUUGUAUGUUUAACCUUUGACCUGCCUCAGUGAUACCAUUUCCUCUAUAGGUCAAAUGUAUUUUAACAAUCCAAUCAAAUCACUCAGAUUCUAAUAUGAACCUCUAUUGGUUAAUUAUUUUUACAGUAUAAUUAAAUCACUCAGAUUCUAAUCUUCAAUUUAAGUUUAAUCUAAGUUGUUUUUGAACAUGGCCCCUGGGGUGUAUAUGUCGUAUUAUUUUAUUAUAUUUUUAGUUGGAAAAGACUGCUCUUAGUAUAAUCAAAAUGGAAAGUUAAUAUUAUCAAAAUAAGAACAUAGAGACAAUGUAAUUUACGAAAGUAACAGUUUAAAGGUUACAAAUCUAUUAAUUUGUAACAUGGGUUUCUUGAGUAACACAUGUAUCACAUGGGUUUUUAGAGUAAGAAGUUUAUAAAUGUAUCACAUGGGUUUCUUGAGUAACAAGUUUAUAAAUGUAUCAUAUGGUUUCUUGAGAAACAGAUUGAUGAAUGUAUCACAUGGGAUUCUAAAGUAACAAGUUUAUAAAUGUAAUGCAUGGGAUUCUACAGUAACAAAUUUAUAAAUGUAUCACAUGGGUUUCUAGAUUAACAAAUUUAUAAUGUUUCACAUGGGUUUCUAUUGUUACAAAAAAUUUUAACAUAUCACAUGGGUUUUUGAUUAACAAUUUUAUAAAUAUAUCAUUAUAACACUAAGCUGGCUGGACCAGCAUUUAUAUUGAUAAGACUUUCCUUGCUUUUGUGUUGUAAAGAUUCAAAAAGUGCUUCAAGCCUUAUUUUAAAAAUUACCUUACAACUAUUUAAUUAUUAUUAUGAUUUUUACAUAUACCAAGUAUACAGCUUGUUUGUGUGUUUGUAUCUGUGUAUGUGGUGUAAGUUUGUUGGUGAUUGUAUCUGUGUAUGUGGUGUAAGUUUGUUGGUGAUUGUAUCUGUGUAUGUGGUGUAAGUUUGUUGGUGUUUGUAUUUGUGUAUGUGGUGUAAGUUUGUUGGUGUUUGUAUCUGUGUAUGUGGUGUAAGUUUGUUGGUGAUUGUAUCUGUGUAUGUGGUGUAAGUUUGAUGGUGUUUGUAUCUGUGUAUGUGGUGUAAGUUUGUUGGUGAUUGUAUCUGUGUAUGUGGUGUAAGUUUGUUGGUGUUUGUAUCUGUGUAUGUGGUGUAAGUUUGUUGGUGAUUGUAUCUGUGUAUGUGGUGUAAGUUUGUUGGUGUUUGUAUCUGUGUAUGUGGUGUAAGUUUGUUGGUGUUUGUAUCUGUGUAUGUGGUGUAAGUUUGUUGGUGAUUGUAUCUGUGUAUGUGGUGUAAGUUUGUUGGUGAUUGUAUCUGUGUAUGUGGUGUAAGUUUGUUGGUGAUUGUAUCUGUGUAUGUGGUGUUUAAACAUUUGUGUCUCUAGUUCAUUGUUGUUUGGGCCCUUGCCUUGUGCUCCUAAACAGGGUUUAUUUUUGAAUGUUUUGACUUCUGGGCUUGUCCCUGUAUUUUUAUGCCCCCUUUUGAAAAAAGUGGGGUAUAUUGUUUUGCACAUGUCGGUCGGUCGGUCGGUCGGUCGGUCGGUCUGUCUGUCUGUCGGUCGGUCGGAAUACCAAAUGGUUUCCGAUCAAUAACUUGAGAACGCUUUGACCGAGGGACCUCAUACUUGGUAUGUGUAUUGGUCAUCACCAGCAGAUGAACCCUAUUGAUUUUGAGGUCAGUGGGUCAAAGGUCAAGGUCAGUGUGACCUUUACAUGAAAAACGGUUUCCGAUCAAUAACUUGAGAACGCUUUGACCCAGGAACCUCAUACUUGGUAGGUGUAUUGGUCAUGACCAGCAGAUGAACCCUAUUGAUUUUGAGGUCAGUGGGUCAAAGGUCAAGGUCAGUGUGACCUUAACAUGAAAAACGGUUUCCGAUCAAUAACUUGAGAACGCUUUGACCCAGGGACCUCAUACUAGAUAGGCUUAUUGGUCAUGACCAGCAGAUGAACCCUAUUGAUUUUGAGGUCAGUGGGUCAAAGGUCAAGGUCAGUGUGACUGUAAGCUGAAAAAAGGUUUUCUGAUUGUCCAUAUUUUAUUUAAGUGUCCAAAUCCUACUAACAAUUUGGCUCCCAAGGGGGCAUAAAUGUUUCACUAACAUCUCUUGUUUUUUUUUUUUUUAUUGUAUAAUGUAUUAUCUAUUCAGAAAUAUUUUUGUGAUAUAAGGAAUAUACCAUAUAUAAAUGACUUGUAUUCUUGUAUUGAAUAAAAUUAUUUUCCCCUGUUA